UGUUUAGUUUUGUAUUUUGUAUGAGCAUAAGAUUGAAACAUGUCGGAGAAACAUACUUAAUAGUGUCUUCAUAAAUAUAUAGUAAAAGUGAUGUCUUUUAUAAAGAUACAGCAAGCGAAUACUGACCGAGUGGCGUGGAUCUUUUAUUAUACUUUCGUGCCACAUGAUUGUGUUAGUAACAGUAUUGGGCGUGACAUUGGUGUAUAACUCAAAAAUGUGAUGGGAAAUCUUCUUACCACCGUUGCCAAGCAUUCGACAUGUUUCUGGAUAUGUAAAACGAAUACAAACAAACAAAAGUGUUUUGUUACUUUUGGUUUUUCACUUGCCGGAUUGCUUCACCAUGCCUCAGCUAUGCGUUCAAUCGACUCCUUAGUGGCUGAUUCCAACUAGUAUGCUAGUAUGUUUCCCAAUACUUGGAUGAAAACAAGUCACUGAUUCUGAAGAUUGUGGAGAGCCAAAACUCGGGAAAGCUGAGUGAGUGUGCGGAGAACCAAGCUAGACUACAGCGGAACUUGAUGUAUCUUGCUGCUAUUGCCGAUUCACAACCUCAACCACCUACCAUGCACUCUCAGUACGCUGCUGGUGGGAUUUUGCAGCCAGGAGCGCAUUAUCUGCAGCACCAACAAGCUCAGCAGAUGACACCUCAAUCACUUAUGGCGGCACGAUCGUCUAUGUUAUAUGGCACACAGCCGUAUCCGUCACUUCAACAGCAGCAGGCCUUGCACAGCCAAAUCAGUAUGAGCUCUGGCGGAAGUGGUGGACUACUGCUCCAAGGUGAGCCUCAUAGUGCGGGAGGCAGUGGCAGCCUUGGAGGUGGAGGGUUUCCCGAUUUUGUCCGGAGCACUCCUGGGGACGGCCUACAGACUAGCUCAAGGACAAUGGCCAGCGGAAGCAAGCAAGAUAUGGGAAGCAAUGUUUCUGCUGAAGGGCGAGGUGGAAGCGAUGGAGGCGAAACUCUCUACUUAAAGAGUGCUGAAGAUGGGAAUUGAGGUAAGCAUAUCGCCGAUCGGUCGGCCUGUUUUUUCUGUUGACAUCCGAACUUAGGAAUAUGUAAUGAGAGAAUGCUAUUUAGCCUAAAACUAGAUAAGUUUCUACUUAUGGACUUGUAAUCUAUUUAGUAGAAGAACUGUAAUUUGGUAUGAAUCGAAGAGGUUUCGUCCCUUAUCUUACCUGACGGUGCUAUGAAAUCAUGUAAAUUUCUAGUUUUAAACUGUUA